AUGUGGGCGGCUCGGCGGGAGGGCGGUCUCCUCUCGCUGGUAGCCGCCUGCGGGCAGCAAGCAGGGGCCGCCUGGCAAGCGGUGCGCGGCGUGCACCGCCAGCGGGCAGGAGACGAGGUGGCGGCAGCAAAGCGUGAGCGCCGCAAACAGCGGCGGAAGCAGAACCGGGAGCUGCGGGAGCGCGUGUCGGUGGGAGCCUUUGGCUGGCAGUGGAGCCAUGGUCAUGAUGCAGGCACACAGGCAUCACGCGACCGAGCCUCCCGGCGGGCCGCAGGCCAAUGCAGCGACUGCGACAUCAGUGAUGGCGAGGCCGGCAGCAGCAGCAACGACUUCCGCAUUUUUCGCACCCUGUUUGGCCGCCCCAGGGGCAGCAGGGAACGCAAGAAGUUUGGCCGUGCAUGGAAGCAGUGGCAGGCUCAGGGGAGCGGCGAAAGCAGUGCCGCGACUAGCAGCAGCGGUGCCGCCAGCCAUGGCAGUAACGGCAGCAGCCGUGGGAGCGGGAGAUCAAGCGGCCGCGGCCCAGGUUUUGGCAGCGCAGGCGCCAGUGCUGGGCCGCAGUGGGGCCAUGCCAACUGGACGUGGGAAGACUUUGAGCAGCCUGCCGGUGGCGGUAACAGCAGCGCCGGCAGGGGUGCGGAGGGCUGUGCAAGCUGGGGAUAUGACGAAGCCUGGUACGAGCCGCCACAGGGCCACCAUACCAAACGCACCUGGGCAAGCGGCACCUUUGGAAUUCACUUUGAGUGGUACAGCGCCUGGCAGCAACACCACAGCAGCGGCUGCAGCCCCGGCACAGCAAGGGCAGGCAGUUCUGUCCACAGCAACUUGCGCCUGCUGGGCCUGGAGCCAGCCAACUGGCUGGAGUCGCGCUGCGGCAAGCUGCUGCGGCAGGCUUACUUAGCUAGAGCCAAGGCGGAGCACCCAGACAUGCACUGCCGCUCCGCAGCAAGGUCUACAGCAGAGGAGCGCUUCAAGCAGGUGCAGGCUGCGUACCAAGCGCUGCUGGUGCUGGUGGUGCCCUGA